CUUAAAAUUGAGCUUUUUAUUUGAGAUUAAAGAGAGUUGUUAAAUAUGAGGAGAAGGACGGGAUUAAAGAGGCGAAAAAUACAGGAAAUCACUGAAAAAUCAGAUAAACACUUGGUUAUAUCCUCUAAAGGGGGAGUUUGUAGCGAAAAAGAGGAGAAAUUUGGUGUAUUAGGGCGUUCUUUGGUUGAAUUAAAAGAUAAAUAUCUUGAGAGUGAUUCUAUUUGUAUUGAGAGUGAAUCAGAGGAAGAGAAAGAGCCUAGUUGUUUUAUUAGAAAUGUUAAUAAAAGAUCCCGGAAUAUUAUGAGAAUUUUUGAUAGAGAAGAAAAAAAUAAAAUGGAAAAAAAGAGUAUAUGUAGUGAUGUUUUGAUGUGGAAUGAGAAAUAUAGGCCAUUAACAGUUAGUGAUUUGGCAGUUAGUAAAAGAAAAGUUGCAGAAACUCGUAAUUGGUUAUCAAUUGCAUUAAAUGAGAAUUUAAAGAAAAAAUUAAUUAUUCUUACGGGACCACCAGGAUCAGGGAAAACAGCUACGAUUAAUGUAUUAUCCCGGGAAAUGGGAUUUGAAAUUUUGGAAUGGCAAAAUCCAAUGUCUGUAUUGUCAGAAGAUAUAGACCUAGAUAAUUUAUCAUUGUUUUCAAAAUUUGAGAAUUUUCUUUUAAUAUCGAAGCAAUAUUCAUCUUUAGAUUUUGAUAAUACGUCUAAUGCUUUUUCUGAUUCUAAGAUUAUUUUGAUCGAAGAUUUACCUAAUAUUUAUACAUCGUCUUCUGACAUUCCUGACAAAGACCAUGAUUUUCAAUUGGCUAUACUUCGUUAUAUUUCAUCAUAUAGAAAUAAAUAUCCUCUUGUCCUAAUAAUAACAGAAAUGGAUUUUAAAGAAUUUGAUCAAACAGAUAAUAAGAAAGUUAAAGGCUUAAGUUUGUAUAGUUUAUUGGGUAAGGAUAUUAUUGAAUCUGAAAAAACGAUACAAAUUAGUUUUAACCCAAUUACGAAAAUAUCUCUUCAAAAAACAAUAAAUAAGAUAAUUGAUAUUGAAUGUCGUUAUUCUCAAAAACCUAAUUUAGAAUUAAUAGAAUCAAUUGUCGAAUCAUCUUUUGGAGAUAUUCGCUCGGCAUUAAAUUCUUUACAAUUCAUUGUAGGAAUAAUUUUAGAGAAUUCAAACAAAGGUUUUUCUAAGGAGAAAAACUUACUUAUUAAUUCAAUUAUAAAUCGAGAUAUUACAUUAGGGUUUUUUCAUGCUAUUGGUAAAGUUAUAUAUAAUAAGCGUCUUGGUGAUUCUCCAGAGGAUAAAUCAAAACAUCUUUUCCCAAAAAAUUCUUUACCUUCUCAUCUAAAAGUUUACGAAAGACGAAUAUCAAAGGUUGACCCUGAUAAUAUAUUGGACAUGAUACCUGUUAGUUAUGAUAUUUAUAUAUUAGCACUUCAUCACAAUUAUUUGGAAUCUUGCAAUGAUAUAAAACAUGUUGAUUUUAUACUUUCUUCUUUAAGUUAUUCUGAUAUAUUGCUUUCAAAUAAAGUAUGGCACUCUUCUUUGCAACAACGGAUCUCUUCCAUUGUGGCUAUAAUGGGCUUAUUAAUAGGCUUACCUUCCCCCGUAAAGCGUUCAUCUGCAUCAAAAAUUGUUUAUCCUAUUUAUCAAAAAAUUAUACAAGAAACAAAAUUAAAAAAUGAUUAUUUCACUGAUUCUAUUUACAAAAGUUAUUCUAAUUGUCACAAUCUUUACUACAACACUAUCAAAUCUUCAAUAUCUAUGAUAACUGAAAUUUUUCCAUAUCAAUCAAUCAUUUUAAAAAAAAAAACAUCCUUUUUUGACAUCCCUGCCUUAAUUCAGAAUCAUGAUUUUCAUAACUCUCUAUUAUAUGAUAUAAAUGAUGAUAUUGAAUCUUUUGAUUAAUUUUCUACUGAUUUAUUUUCAUUUCUUUAUAUAACUUAUUAUUUAG